AUGGAACUAGCUUUGAGCUUAGGCGACACACCAAAACCAUUCUCUUUCUUUCAAAAAUCCUCAGACCAAAAAACCACUUCCUCAGAUCCACUUAUCCAACUCAACCUUCUUCCUUCAACACCAGUUCUUCUUACUCAUCCUUCUCCAAAUCUUCGGAUUCCAUGGCUCAAUCAUGCACUCGGAGUUGAACCGGCGAGGAUGUCGGAUGUAAACCGAUUCCGGCUGGCCGCGUCGGUCGAAGAUACUACCGACGAAGGAGCUGCGGUUUCAUCCCCAAAUAGCGCGGUUUCAUCUUUUCAGAUGGAUUUCUAUAUCAUGAACCGUAACGGAAAUGCUGCUGAGGGUGCAGAAAGAAAUAAUAGUCGUGAGAGGGGUGCAGAUAGCGAUGAUGAAGAAAAUGGUUCCACCAGGAAGAAACUCAGACUCACUAAAGAACAAUCAGCUUUCCUUGAAGAUAGCUUCAAAGAACACACCACUCUCAAUCCUAAACAGAAACAUGCUCUUGCAAAACAGUUAAAUCUUCGUCCACGUCAAGUAGAAGUUUGGUUUCAAAACAGAAGAGCAAGGACAAAGUUAAAGCAAACGGAAGUGGAUUGUGAGUAUUUGAAAAAAUGUUGUAAGACAUUAACAGAAGAGAAUAGAAGAUUACAAAAGGAAGUGCAAGAGUUAAGAGCUUUGAAAACUUCUCAGCCAUUCUACAUGCAGCGUCCAGCUACCACUCUCACUAUGUGUCCAUCUUGUGAAAGGGUUGCAACCAACACCACCGGGACCACCGCCGCAGCAAAACAAACCGCCUAG